GGUUUCAGUUUCUGGGGACAGUUUAUACAAACGGACUGACCGGUGCGAGGCAGUCAUUCUGCUUGUAAUCACAGUUUAACGUAAAGUUCACUUUUAUAACUUAGGACAUAACUACAUAAGCAAAAUUCAGAUGAUAUUUUAGACUGUUACACUUGUAGAGGAGGAUACUUGAUGUUGAAGUUAGUUAACGUGUAAAUAUUUGUAUCAAUAUGGCGGCGCAGCUUUUCUCUGUAAACUGACCAGUGUUUUGGAGACGAGUCGCAACAAAGACAAUGUUACUAACAGCUGGUCGCCUGUCCAAAGUGCUGCAGCUCACCCUGGCGGUCAUCAAACCAGAUGCUGUCGCUCAUCCUGUGAUGUUAGAGGCUCUUCACCAGAGAAUCCUGGACAACAACUUUGUCAUUGUUAGAUGCAAAGAUCUGGUGUGGAGAAGACAGGACUCUGAGAGGUUUUACGCUGAACAUUCAGGGCGAUUCUUCUAUCAAAGACUUGUUGAAUUCAUGUCAAGUGGCCCAAUGCGUGCAUAUAUUUUAGCCAGAGAGGAUGCUAUUCAACACUGGAGAGAACUGAUGGGACCUACCAAAGUGUUCAGAGCCAGAUACACCUCCCCUGCCUCCAUCCGGGCGCAGUUUGGACUCACAGACACACGAAACACAACUCAUGGCUCAGAUUCCGUUGAGUCGGCCCAAAGAGAAAUCAAUUUCUUCUUCCCAGACUUCAGUGAGGAGGAGUGGAUGGAGAAGGAAGAGCCGGCGUUCAGAUCAGGACAGAUUCAUUAUGACCAUCAAAAACAGAUCCACACACUCUCAGAGCAAAGCUGACCUCAGAGCUGCUGUUACGUUUACAGAUCAACAGCAGCAUAAGGACUCUGCAAUUAUUUAUCCAUCCAUGUGAAAAUGCAACCUGCCAGAGCUGAUGCUACAUAUUAUAUGUUAUUUAUGUCAGUACAAAGAAAACUGCAUGUUCGUUGUUCACCCAAAUUCCUCAAAGUGCCAUUGUGUCCGUUUCAUGUUUGUGUCAUUAAAACCGACUUUCCUUGAA